GAACAUUUUGGGUGGGUUUUGAUGAUGGUCGAUUGGAGUUGAUGUGAUGGAAUUGAAGGCCGGCUUCUAUGUUGUGGAAGGCAUGGGAGUGAGGAUUAUGCUCGAGUUGUAGGAGGAGAGUUGGUAGGCCAAGACCAUGAGUCGUCAGCACCUGGAUUCGCCUCCAAGGUGUGGGGGAUGGGUCCACGACAGGCACAGCCUUGUCAAUCGUCCGUGCACGUUUGCUCUUAACCACUUCUCAGUCUCAGCCUUAUAACUGCACUCUUCAUUUACAACCAGGCCGCAGCUGGCCGAGUAAUGAUAUCAGCUAUGGCUCCAGCAGAAGUCACAUACAGCCAGAAACUAGGCCCCCACCCGUCCUAUAUACAGGUUGCGAAGCCGUUCGUUUUUGAGCAGAAGAUUCAAGGGCAGAUAAUCGCUACUGGCGCAAACCCUCAACGGGAGGAUACAUUCAGACUCCAAGGCGUACAAUGGAUUGACGAUACUCGGCGAGCGCUUCAGCUACCCGUCCGCACAUUCGAUACCGCCGUCAUCUACUACCACAAGUUCCGGCUCGUCCACCGCGAUACAGAAUAUGCCUCUACGGACGCCGCGGCAGCUGCUCUCUUCGCCGCCUGCAAGAUUGAAGAUACGCUGAAGAAGUCCCGCGAGAUCCUGUGCGCAGCCCACAACCUCAAGACCAGCUCUCCAUCCGAACAUCUAGCCCCCGACGACAGCGUCUUCGAUGGGCCGAGCAAGACCAUCAUCGGUCUCGAGCGCCUCAUGCUCGAGGCCAGCGGCUUCGAUUACCGAAACCGAUAUCCACAAAAGUACCUCAUCAAGCUAGGUCGACGGUGUCAGCUCGACAAAGACGUGGUGAAACUAGCAUACAAAAUGAUGCUCGACCUCUACCGCACCUUCGCACCCCUAAAAGUCACCUCCUCAGCCAUGUCCUUCGCCUGCCUCGAGCUCUCCUGUCGCCUCCUCUCCAAGCAAGAAGACCAGCUCGCCGCCUUUGACAAGACCAAAUGGCGCGUCCCCCGCGCCCACGUCAUGGAAGGCAUGCUCGACCUGCUGGAACUCUACACACAUUUCCAGAAAGCGACGAAGCUAGGGAGCCAGUACACGCUCGAGCGCUUCAUCGGUAUCCGCAUCGCGCUCAACCAAGAGGCUGAGGAGCUGCGUCUCCCGCGCUUCGGGGAGUGGAGCGAGGUAAAGGGGAAUGGAGCCGUGAAGGGGCUGGGGCUGAAGACGCCGAAGACGCCGAUUACGCCGGCUAGUCCGAGUGAGGUGAGGGUUAAUGGGAAGGGGGCGGGGGCGGGGGCGGGAGAUGUGGCGAGUCCGGCGACGCUAUCCCCGAGGUCGGCGGGGUCGGGGAGGAGGGGCGGGGCGAGGGGGCAGGAGGGGACGGUGAGGUUCAUGCUUGAUGGGGGGCAGGCGAGGAGUGAGAAGGAGGUGGUGGCGGAGUAUUUUAGGGAUGAGUUUGAGGAGUAUGAGGUUGAGGUUGAGGAGGAGGCGGCGGUGGUACCGAGGUCGUUGGCGGGUGAGGAGAGGAGGAGGGAGGAUAGGAGGGAUGGGAGGAAUGGGCAGAGGGAUGGGUAUCGGGCGAGGCAUGAGAGGGGGUUUAAGAGGCCUAGACGCUGAGGGGAUACGUUGGAGGAUGGUUUUGGAGUCGUAGAUAGAAUGGUAUGAAUAUAGACGUUACAGCACUAUUGGUUGAUACAAUCAGACUUGGCGUGUUCACACUUAAUCACGCUGCAUGGCAAUAAGACGAC